CGAUCUGGUCGCAGAUGAUGGUAGUAUAAUCCCUGAACGAAGAAUAAUGUCGCCUGAUUGGAAAUUCCGGAGCCGGGUCCUGCAAUGUGAAGGUACAGUGGGAUUUAGCGACAGUGUCCGACUUGCCCAGUUUCGCAGAUACCAGGCGGAAUAUCACGAGGAGCAGGAAACACUUCUUUCGAAGAUACAAGAGGUGGGCAUGCUGCGUACAUCCAUGUCUGAAAAUCGGGCACAGGAGACCUCGCUGAAUCUUUCUAUACUCAAAACUUUGGAGGAAGCGAUGCGCUGCGGCUGCAAGGAUAGUGCAUCGACCAUUCGUGAGGACUAUGUGACCCUUCGAGCCCUGGUGGAUCGCUGGAUAGAUCUUGCCUUCGAGAAUAGCCAAAUGGAGGCUGAAUUGGAACAACAGGAAAGGGUGCUGAGUGUGGUAGUGGGGAGGCUGAGUCCUAAUCUUGAUCAAAGCGCUGCUAGGAAAUCUCUUCAGGAUAUCAUCCCUCUAGGUCCAAGCAAUCCUCAAUGCCCCGAGGGCAGGGAAAUCCCAGCCAACCUGUCCACAAGGGAGGGAAAUAGACCGUGGAUGCAGUCACAGCCGCAAAUCCCGAACUCGGAGGAACCAAGUGAUGGUGGGAAACGAAAGCAAAAAGAUACACCCCCCAGCAUAGACCCGCCUGAUACCAUGUACAAUUGGAUUCAAGCGCAGCUGGAAUCAUACGGGCGCGUUUUUUACCUGCACAUGGAAAACCACCAUCUAAGGGAGGCGGCGAUGAGCUGCUUCCAGAAGCCGCUUCCUCAGGACCUCGGCGAGAAUAACAGCCCAACUCAACCCGAACCACCUGCACAUCCACUCAAACUACCACCAGAGCAGACAUUCGCCUCAUUCUACUUGGGCGACGGGUUCACCACACCACAUCAGAGACUUGUCCUCGUCAACUGCUGGAUCCUGCACCAACUGCGCAUCUCAUCGCUGGAAUGCUCUCGCAUCAGCUCACUCCCCGAGUGGCAGAUUAGGCGUGACUUUGGCUUGAGUGAGCGAGAUAUCAGCCAGCUGGUCCUCGAAAACUGGUUUGCAGAUGACACGGUCAUACCGCGAUCUGGUGAUCCUUCGGUCAGUCCUUCAAAUCCAUCAUCAUCAGAGGACGAGCGUUCUGCCUCGAGUCGCGGAAUCAGCCGUAGGAGGCAGUUCCAUCGCCGAAAAAGGGCCAGAUCCAUGACCUCGGAUGGUAUUAGACCGGUAAUUGUGCCUUCGCUGAGGAGAAUGUCGCGUCAUGAAUCUGACUGGGCCAGAUUUCUACCUGAACAGGCAACGGAGAUGCAGAAUAUGGAGAGAACAUUGGAAUAGUCAAGACGAAGACUGUGGCAUUGGAAUAACACCUUUCUUGGUCCUCAACAUCCUCCAAUACAUUCGAGUUGGCACAUUGGAUAAUGGCAUAUUGCUGAUUGGAAAUUCGCGUCUGCAGGUCUUGGAUAACCCCAGAGGAUCGCCGCAAAGGGCAAAGAUGCCAUCGUUAAAAGACUUGAUGUAAUCACGCAGUCAAUUCAUUUCAGAUAAGAUGGCUAGCUUCACUAAUACCCAUGAUUGAUU